UGACGUCAUCUUCCAGCACCGGAAGUGGCGAGGCGCAGUGGAGUCGGGAGCGGGUUUGUGAAUGUCUGCAGUCGAGAGCGAUGAUGCGGGUGUGCUGGUUGGUGAGACAGGACAGCCGGCAGCAGCGAAUCAAACUUCCCCAUUUGGAAGCAGUUGUGAUUGGUCGAAGCCCAGAGACCAAGAUUACAGAUAAGAAAUGUUCUCGACAGCAAGUACAGUUGAAAGCAGAGUGUAACAAGGGCUAUGUCAAAGUAAAGCAGGUGGGGGUCAAUCCCACCAGCAUUGACUCCGUCGUCAUUGGGAAGGACCAAGAGAUGAAGCUGCAGCCUGGCCAGGUUCUCCACAUGGUGAAUGAACUUUAUCCAUAUAUUGUAGAGUUUGAGGAAGUAGCAAAGAGUCCUGACCUAGAAACACAAAGGAAGAGAAAGAGGUCAGACUGUGAUGGUCAGGAGAUGGAUGCUGCCCAGGAAGCGGAGUCUGGGUCAGGGUUAGCACCUGGGAGCAGCCCCAGCCAGUGCUCAGUGCCUUCUAAGAAGGGCAAGGAUGGCGUCACCAAAGAGGAGUCACUGGGCCACUGGAGUCAAGGCUUGAAGGUUUCUAUGAAAGACCCCAAAAUGCAGGUUUACAAAGAUGAGCUGGUGGUGGUGAUUAAGGAUAAAUAUCCAAAGGCCCGUCACCAUUGGCUGGUCUUACCAUGGGCCUCCAUUUCCAGUCUGAAAGUUGUGACCAGUGAACACCUUGACCUUCUCAGACAUAUGCACACUGUAGGGGAAAAGGUGAUUUCGGAUUUUGCUGGGUCCAGCAAACUGAGAUUCCGGUUGGGUUACCAUGCUAUUCCCAGUAUGAGCCAUGUACACCUUCAUGUGAUCAGCCAGGAUUUUGAUUCUCCUUGCCUUAAAAACAAAAAGCAUUGGAAUUCUUUCAAUACAGAAUACUUUCUGGACUCACAAGCUGUGAUCAAGAUGGUCGAAGACGCUGGCAGAGUGACCGUUGAAGAUGGGACUUCUGAACUCCUAAAGCUGCCUCUUCGUUGCCACGAGUGUCCGCAGCUGCUGCCCUCCAUCCCGCAGCUGAAGGAACACCUCAGGAAGCACUGGGGCGGGUGACCCUCCCUGGCGGCUGGGUGCAGUGCCAGCGUGUGUUUGCAUUGCCUGUGCCCCGUGCGGUCCUGAACUAAAGCAUGCAGCUUUUCAAAACACA